AUUUCCCAAAUUUAAGCUCAUCUUCACUAAUAGUAAUAGCACCCAAAACUGAGCUUAUUUUACAAUGUAUCUCACAGUUCUGAUGAUUCUGCUACUACUUUUGACUUUCCUUUUCAAGUUCAUUUACUCGGUGAUUUACAUUCCAUAUAAGUUCGGAAAACACUUUAGGAAACAAGGAAUUGGAGGUCCUAACUACCGUCUGAUCUACGGAAACUCAGAGGAAAUCAAACGGCAGAUAAGCAAAGCUGAAUCGAAAUCAGUUCCGUUUAAUCACAACGUGUUGCAUCGGAUUGCUCCUCACUACUACAACUGGUCGGCCAAAUAUGGGAAGACGUUUUUGUUCUGGUUUGGGUCGAAGCCCCGGUUGGCUAUUGCUGAUCCGGAUAUGAUUAAAGGGCUUUUUAUGAAUAAAGCUGUGGAUAAGAUUGAGUUUGAUCCAUUAACUAAGCAGCUGUUUGGGCAAGGGCUUGUUGGUUUACAAGGUGAACAGUGGGCUUUACAUAGGAGGAUUGCAAACCAGGCCUUCAAUAUGGAGAUUGUUAAGGCUUGGGUGCCGGACAUUGUGACUAGUGUUACCAAAAUGUUGAAGAAAUGGGAAAAAGAAAAUGAAGAGAAGGAAGAAUUUGAAAUAGAAGUCUUCAAGGAAUUAAAUGAUCUCUCAGCUGAGGUUAUAUCUAGGACAGCUUUUGGGAGUAGUUUUGAAGAAGGGAAACGCAUAUUUGAGUCACAAGAGCAACAAAUAUCUCUUACUUUGCAGGCAAUACGAAGCAUCUACCUUCCUGGAUUUAGGUUUUUGCCCACGAAAAAUAACAUGAUGAGGUGGAAACUAGAGAAGGAAACUCGAAAGUCAGUAAUGAAGCUGAUUGAGAGUAGUAAAGGGAGAGAAAAUUCUAAGAAUCUUCUUAGUUUGCUAAUGUCUGCAAGUGAAGCAGAACAUGGAUUUGGGGUGGAAGAAGUCAUAGAUGAAUGCAAGACAUUUUACUUUGCUGGGAAGGAAACAGCUUCCAACUUGUUAACUUGGGUACUUCUUCUUCUGGCAUUGCAUCAAGAAUGGCAAGAUAAAGCUCGAGAUGAAGUUUUUCGAGUUUGCAACGGCAACAAGCUUCCAAAUGCAGAGAAUCUGAUUGAUUUCAAGAUUGUGACAAUGAUUCUCAAUGAGACAAUGCGACUUUACCCGCCGAUCGUGGCAUUGACAAGAGGAACUUCAAAGGAUAUUAAGUUGGGAAACCUUGAAAUUCCAGCAAAUACACAAUUUUAUGUGUCAGUAGCUGUUGUACAUCAUGACACUGAGAUAUGGGGAAAAGAUGCAGUGGAAUUCAACCCUAUGAGAUUUGAUGAAUCUCGAAAGCAUUUGGCUUCAUAUUUUCCUUUUGCAUUAGGUCCAAGAGUUUGUGUUGGGCAAAACUUAGCCAUGGUUGAAGCCAAAAUCAUCCUAGCAAUGAUAGUUCAGAAUUUCUCUUUUACAGUGUCACCUUCAUAUGUUCAUGCUCCAACUAUGCGUCUAACUUUACAGCCCCAAUAUGGUGCUCCCAUCCUUUUUAGGAAGAUUUAAUUUACAGUCAAACAUCUUUAUAACA